AUAUUUUUUUAAUGGUCGUUUCUUUUUAUUUCCUGAUAUUAAAAAAAGAAAUAUAGAAGAUUACACUUCCUGUGUGCUACUAAUGUGUCAUUUAAAGAUGCAUUUAUGUUGCUGUUGCAUCGCCUUCUUUAGACACGAUAUACAGCGUAUGAACAAUAUUUUAUAUAUUUAUACUAAAUGCGGUAAUCACCUCGUGCGGCCAACGCCUAAACAUCGUUUUUGUCACAUAAAUGAAAAUGAAAGUAAUCAUUCACAGCAUCGUUAAAAAAAAAAACAUUUGUUUUGAAAUUCUAAACCGGAAGUGGAUUUGGAUGCUGCAGCCUGAACAUCUGCGGCUCAUUGUUGACAGCGCCGUUAUAACGACAUCUAAAUCCACCAUAUGUUUCUAUUGUUAUCUUCUUAUUUAGGAAUGAUUCAUAAUGUGUAGUUAGCAUUUCAGGAGCUCAUUAUACGUGUUAUUUAAUUUCAUAGAUACGCCUUUUGGUAGACAUAUUUAUACAAUUAUAAUUAUGAAAUGCAAAGACAAAGACAAAAAAGGACACUUUUUAUUUAACAUUUUUUUAUUAAAAAGGCCAGAACUUAAAAUCCGUGUCACCUCACUGCAGGACUUCGUGCACUCACGUGUACGACCUCGACGUGCAUGCGUUUACCUUCCUGGAUCACAUCUGCGAUGCGCAUGCGUAGAGAGUGAGCCGACCUGUCUGGCCACAUGUGCGCACAGUAUACCGAAAGGUGCAGGUCCGGUGGAGAGCUCCGGUGAACGACGCGGACAGAGGCGCUAUUGUGUCUCGCAAGGAAUGGUCCGAUGCGAUUAGAAACACACACACACACACACACACACACACACACACACACACACACACACACACAUUAUCUCAGACGUGCAGCAUUAUUGAUGUUCUAAAACUUUAAAAAAGACACCUUUUAAUACUUUUUUAAUGUAUUUUUAAAAAUGUAUCUGUUGUAUCACAGUAUUUAAGGAGUGUGUUGUCAUGGCUGCCGGUAUAGUUUAUGUUUACACAUAGAAAAGCUGAGAAAAGCUGCAGUCUGAUCCUCAUAAUCCAAACAGAUUGUGUUAAAUCUUAAACUCAGUUGCCCUUUUUGCAACCAUUCGAUUACAGCCUGCAUUAGAGGUAACGUGUGCAAAGCUGUACUGCACCUCUCACACACACACAGACACACACACACACACACACACACACACACACACACACACACACACAAACACACUCGAGACCCGAGUCGUGCGUCGCCGCAGUCGUUGCGCCACAAUGGCCACGCUGAACUCGUUUUGGGAUGCUGCUAUAGGCCGAGUGGGCCGGAAGAUACGAUGACGUCAGCGCACAAAAGAGCCCAUUCACACAAUCUCACACACACACACACACACGCACACGCACACAUACAUCCGCUCACCCCACCACCACGCCAGACCGUGUCACACUAUUACCCAAUUAAUCCAGCCUUUCAAAGCGCCUUCCUGUUGCGCAAAACCACUUUAAAGGUAUAAAAGAGAUUAGAGUCGAGCUGUGUGGCGCAAAGAUUAUAAUCUGCGGGUAAACCGCAAGUCAUCAAAUACAGGUGCGCUGUGGUUGUCGCUUAGGUGCAUCUCUUAUCUUCAUUGGUGCAUUCAGGCUCUCUCUCACGCUCCAACACGUUGCAGCUUCCUGUGUGACGUUAUCUGACAAGUGGGACCUGUCGCCCGAGGCGCUGACGUCAGGCGGUGCUAAAACGAUUAGUGGAUCGAUGAGCAGAGGAUUAAUCAAAAUUCACUGGCAGCUUCGCGGAUCGGGCGUUUCAUCAAUAAAGCAAAAGGAAGGACGAGGAGACAAGGACACGAGGAGACAGAAGGAUACGAGGACAGAGGGACCCACAGUAGGACCCUUGUCUCCUCAGCACUAGCCAUGAAGCAGAAGGAGACCCUGAACCCGGCGCUGCUGCUCCUCUUCCGCCUGGUGGUGUGGCUCUACACCUCCGUCACCUUCCUCCCCUCCUACGUCCUCAGCCGGAUCUGCGGGCCCGGCGGCGCCCGCCGCGGCUCCGAAGAGGAGCGGGCGGCGAGGCCGAAGGCCCGCUCGGCGCCGGGGAGGCCCGAGGGCCCCUACCGGGCGGUGAGCGCCGCCAACGGGCUGGCGACGGCGCUGCACCCCGGGGUGGACACGCUGGACAAGGUGUUCGAGUACGCGGCCACGAGGUUCCCUCACCGGGACUGCCUGGGCACCAGGGAGCUGGUCAGUGAGGAAGACGAGCACCAGGGCAACGGGAAGGUCUUCAAGAAGGUGGUUCUGGGUGAGUACCGCUGGCUCUCCUACCAGGAAGUCCUGGCGGCGGCGUCCCGGCUGGGCAGCGGUCUGGCGGCGCUGGGUCAGCGGCCCAAACACAACGUGGCCAUCUUCUGUGAGACGAGGGCCGAGUGGAUCGUCGCUGCCCAGGCCUGCUUCAUGCACAACUUCCCCUUGGUCACCCUCUACUCCACGCUGGGCGGCCCGGCCAUCGCUCACGGGCUGAACGAGACGCAGGUCACCCACAUCUUCACCAGCAGAGAGCUCCUGGAGACCAGACUCAAGGCUAUCCUGUAUGAAGUUCCGAGGCUGCAGCACAUCAUCGUAGUGGACGACACGCCGACCUCGUGGCCCGGUUAUCCUCGUGGCAUCAGCGUCCACAACAUGGCGGCGGUUCAGAAGCUGGGAGCCCGGCCUGAGAAUGCAUCUCGUGGGCGUAAGCCGCCGCUGCCGUCGGACAUCGCCGUCAUCAUGUACACCAGCGGCUCCACGGGCGUGCCGAAGGGCGUCGUCAUCUCCCACAGCAACAUCAUCGCGGGCAUCACAGGGAUGGCCGAGAGGAUCCCCAACCUGAGCGAGGAGGACACGUACAUCGGAUACCUGCCGCUCGCCCAUGUGCUGGAGCUCAGCGCCGAGCUGGUGAGCGUCGCCCACGGCUGCCGGAUCGGAUACUCGUCACCGCAGACGCUCGCCGACCAGUCAACCAAGAUCAAGAAAGGAAGCAAAGGAGACACCAGCGCCCUGCGGCCCACUCUGAUGGCGGCGGUCCCGGAGAUCAUGGAUCGCAUCUACAAGAACGUGAUGACCAAGGUGGAGGAGAUGAACUGUGUCCAGCGGACGCUCUUCACGCUGGCGUACAACUACAAACUGGAGCAGCUCGCCAAAGGAAACAGCACGCCUCUCUGCGACAGGCUGGUGUUCGGGAAGGUGCGCUCCCUGCUGGGCGGCCGGAUGCGGGUGCUGCUGUCGGGCGGAGCGCCGCUGUCCGCCGCCACGCAGCGCUUCAUGAACGUGUGUCUGUGCUGCCCGGUGGGUCAGGGCUACGGCCUCACGGAGACCUGCGGCGCCGGCACCAUCAGCGAGAUGUGGGAUUACAGCACUGGGAGGGUGGGGGGGCCGCUGGUCUGCUGUGAGAUCAAGCUCAAGGACUGGCUGGAGGGCGGUUACCGUAAAACCGACAAGCCGCACCCGAGGGGAGAGAUCCUGAUCGGAGGCCCCAACGUCACCAUGGGGUACUACAAUAACCAGGAGAGGAACCAGGAGAGGAACCAGGAGAAGAACCAGGAGAAGAACCAGGAGAGGAACCAGGAGAGGAGCCAGGAGAGGAACCAGGAGAAGAACCAGGAGAGGAACCAGGAGGACUUCUUCACCGACGAGGACGGCCAGAGGUGGUUCUGCACCGGAGACGUCGGAGAGUUCCACGGAGACGGCUGCCUCAAGAUCAUUGAUCGUAAGAAGGACUUGGUGAAGCUGCAGGCGGGCGAGUACGUGUCCCUGGGGAAGGUGGAGUCCAUGUUGAAGAACUGCCCUCUGGUCGACAACAUCUGUGCCUACGCCAACAGCGACGAGGCGUACGUGAUUGGCUUCGUGGUGCCCAAUCAGAAGCAGCUGCUGGCGCUGGCCGAGCAGUACGGCAUCAGAGGGCCGUGCGAGGAGCUGUGUGGCAGCGCCGCCAUGGAGGAGCUGGUCCUCAAGGUGCUCACCGAGACCGCCACGGCAGCCCAGCUCGAGCGCUUCGAGACGCCCCGCAAGAUCUGCCUGAGCCCGGACCCCUGGACCCCCGAGACGGGCUUAGUGACGGACGCCUUCAAGCUGAAGCGCAAGGAGCUGAAGACGCGCUACCAGGACGACAUCGAGAGGAUGUACGGCGGGAAGUGACCGGGCGGCGGCGGCAUCGAUGACCCCCCCGAACACCCCCCCUCCCCCCCAUGAACACAAGAGACCCGAAUCUGUAAAGGCAGACCCCCCCCCCCCCCUCUGUAUGUGUCCUCCUCUCCUCCGGGUGUUUGACCUCUUUAUUGUGCCAGAUGUGAGUUAUGAAACGGCUGAUGUCUGUUGAACUCUCCGGUCGGGAUGGGGGGGGGGGGGGACAUGUUUGUUUCCUCGUCGUGUUGAACUCGUUCCUUUAUCUCGCCGUAAAGCUCUCGGCACGCCGUCCUCCUGCAGGCCGGGAGGCGGCGAAGUCUUUCUGGUUCUUUUUUUCCUGUGUUUUCGAGUUCUGGUUUAUUUGGCCUCCCCCCCCCCCCCCAGCAGGCGGGACUGUGACUCACACGGUGGCGGGACGUCUCCCCCCCCCCCCCGUCGGCACAUCUCGAUCCCAAAAGCACAAAGUCAUGAGAAAAAACUAGUCGGUUAAAAAACAAUAACAGCGAUGCCGAAGUCAUUUCACGGCGUAACAACUUGUAUCUUUAUAUCGACGAUGAGGUCGUGGUCCCUUUUUUUGUUUUAUGACAGAUUUCAUCUAAUAUUCUUAUUUAAAAAGAGAAACGAAGAAGCUCUGUUGUGCGGUCCAGUGGAGAAGAGACUUUAUCUUUCACGUGCUCGUCUUACAGAUGUAAUCGUCGUGGAUUAAUGGCCGCCGCGACGCGAGGACGGCUCAAAAUAUCCAAAUAAGGCCGUUCGAUCGCAGACGGCGUCGUAAAUGAAGCGCUCCCGAUGUGGAAAGAAACGAGCGCGCUUUGACGGCUCGAGGCCGUGGGGUUUUGUUUUCUGUGUGUGUGUGUGUGUGUGUGUGUGUGUGUGUGUGUGUGUGUGUGUGUGUGUGUGUGUGUGUGUGUGACUCGUCCCAAGUUGUGUCCGCGGCGGCCAUCAUCCCUCACCACGUGACACCUGUUGCCUUCUCCUGUGAUCCUGAGUCACUGUGAUUCUGUGAGUGUGUGUACAUGUGUAUGUGUGUGUGUGUGUGUGUGUGUAUGUGUGUGUGGUCGGCAACCUCUUCCUCGGAGCUCCGCUCCCUCUCGGCACCGAGAGCGUCCGACUAUUUAUUUGUGAUUUGCCUUUUGGAAAAAAUUACCCGAAACAAAGCGAAUAAAGAUGAGACGUGUUCGGUC